UUCCAGGCCCCACCCCCGGGCGCUUGCUGAUGACCUCUCGCACUCUCCCUGCCGAGUCCGAGGAGGUGUCAGUAGGCGGUUACGUCAUCAGGAACGCGACAGUUUCUGGGGCGGCGGCGGCGGCAGUAGGAGCGCGGCGCGUGCGAGAGUUGCCCGCACGUGCCGCGGCCGGAGCCAUGAGCUGCCCCGUGACUUGCGCCGCCUGGGUGCGCAGGGGGGUUGCCAGGGAAACGCCCGACAAGGUGCGGCUCAGCGCGGAGGAGCUGAAGCGGCUCGUCGGGGAGGCCGCGGAGACGCUGCGAGAAGAAGCAGAUGGUAGUGAUGAAGAAGAACAUGGACAGGCUGCAGAAGACAGCAUGGACGUUGCUAGUGGUGAGACAGCUGAGCCUCCUCAAGAAGAUGGGGACCAGGAAGAAGACACUGAAAAGCUGAAUGAUGAUGAGCUGGCAGAGUAUGGUUUGGAUGAAUAUGAUGAAGAGGAGAAUACAGAUGCUGUGAGCCUUGGAGACACCUUAGCCAGUCUUACGGUAUAUGGGAGUAACGAACGUGAUCCUUACGUCACUAUUAAAGAUACUGAGCAAUAUGAACAGGAAGAUUUUUUGAUUAAGCCCAGUGACAAUCUGAUCAUUUGUGGAAGAGUUGAUAAGGACCACUGCAGUCUAGAGGUUCACCUUUAUAAUCAUGAAGAGGACUCAUUUUAUGUACACCAUGAUAUUCUCUUACCUGCAUACCCUCUAAGUGUGGAGUGGCUUAACUUCGAUCCUAAUCCGGAUGAAUCUCCAGGAAAUUAUGUUGCAGUGGGUAACAUGACCCCUGUUAUUGAGGUCUGGGACCUUGAUAUAGUGGAUUCUCUAGAGCCAGUCUUUUCCCUUGGAAGUAAAAAAGAGAAGAAGAAGAAGAAGAAAAAGGGAAAGAAGAAUUCAUCUGCAGAAGGGAAUCUGGAUGGGCAUACUGAUGCAGUUCUUGACCUUUCAUGGAAUAAACAAAACAGAAAUGUGUUAGCAAGUGCCUCAGCUGACAGCACUGUAAUUCUGUGGGAUAUGUCCAUGGGUAAACCGGCAGCAAACCUUACUUUACAUAUGGACAAGGUCCAGACGCUACAAUUUCAUCCAUUUGAAACACAGACCCUUGUUUCUGGAUCUUAUGAUAAGUCUGCUGUCCUAUAUGACUGCAGAAGUCCACAGGAUAAUCAUCGAAUCUGGCGGUUUAGUGGACAGGUUGAGAGAGUGACUUGGAAUCAUUUUUCACCUUGUAACUUCCUCGCUAGCACAGAAGAUGGCUUUGUGUACUGUCUAGAUGCUCGUUCCGAUAAGCCACUUUUUACUCUGAAAGCUCAUGAUGAGGAAGUAUCUGGACUCCAAUUAAGCAGUCAGAUCAAAGGGUGCCUUGUGACAUCAUCUGCUGACAAAUAUGUGAAAAUUUGGGAUAUAUUGGGAGACAAACCAAGUCUGAUCCAUUCCAGGGAUAUGAAAAUGGGUGUUCUCUUCUGCGCAGCUUGUUGCCCUGAUUUGCCAUUUGUCUAUGCCUUUGGAGGGGAGAGAGAAGGGCUUCGAGUCUGGGAUAUAAGCAGUAUUUCUGCAGUGAAUGAAGUUUUUGGAAGCAGAGAGAGGCUGGUAGCUGCCAAUACAAACUCUGCAACUAGCAGCUCCUUUGCCAGCAGUAGCAGCAAAAGUCCAGAAGCAGAAAUGGAAUCAUGACGGAUCAAACCUCACACAGAUAGUAUAUAAAUGCAAAACAUCAAACCAGAGUAUACUUUUGGACCUCAGUUAAUAUGUAUUCUGCACCCACUGGUUUGGAAAGUGUUUAUGGAAGUGUAUCAAGUGUCCUGCAAUCUGCAGCUUUUUUUCAUCUUAUGGGAGGAAAACAUGGUCUUGUGGUUAAGAGAUAGGAGUCAGAAGUUAUGGGUCCCUGCCUCUCACUAACUUGGAAAAGAGGCACCUUACUUUACCUAGCACUGAAAUGGGGAUUACAAACACACAUGUGAUGUGCUAACUUCACUUGUAAAGUGAUCUAUAUAAUUUGGCAGGAAAGAACUGUGCUACUGUAUAGUGUAUAUAAAGGAUUGUAAUAAGUAUGGAUUUCUUUUUAGUUACAAAUGAAAACUACUUCAACUGAAAAUUGCCCUCGUAUUUAAGUCAAGGGCUGAACAAAAACACUUUUAGUGUAAGUAGUCAAACAAUGCUUAAGUUCCCCCAGAGUAAUCUGAGGAUGGACUGUUUAACAAAUUUCCAGUAUCGCUUUUGAAAGAUUAACAUCUUAUUUUAAAUCUCUUAGAACAGUGUUUUUCAACUGGUGGAUGGCAACCGCUAGGGGGAGGAAGGUGAAAGGCAAUUGAGGGCACUCAAAAGUGAAGCACUGUAAAACUACCAUAUAAAGAAAAUCUCACUCCCUAACCCUUCAACGUCAAUUAUUCUGUAAACUUCUCAAAUUACACAGAUUUAUUGUUGUGAUAUUGAUACAUCCCCCCCCGCCCUCUCCCCCAAGUAAAUGGAAGGGGGGUUGUAGAAAUCUUUGGCUGUGAAUAAAAGGUCACCAACCUGAAAUAGUCUUAGAAUAUGAAACUCAUAACCAGCCACAGGCUUUGGCCAUUACACAAAGUUAUGGGUAUUCUUUAAAUACAGUAUCUUAGACUACUAAACACAUGCAACUAUCCCACAUUCUUAUUAAACUGGAGGGAACACAGAGAGGGCUUUUAAACAGUCUCUAAUUAGGUUUGCCUAAUUAUGGCAUGGGUUAGGAUAGCAGUAGCUAAUGGAUAUGAAGUGUGCAUAAUGGAAAGCUCUACGUGGUGUGUACUUAAUCUUUAAACAACACUGCUUCAGUAUGUGCCAUUUUAAAAUAAGAAAGACACCCCAAAGUAAAUCCUGCCAGGAUAAAAAUAAAAAGGGCGGUUUGUACUUAUCCCAGUGCUGGCUGGCUGCCUGGGGUGGCGGACUUGCUGUCCUGUCCCAACCUCUAGCUUGCUGAUCAAAGCAGGAACUCUCAGGUUUGUCUGUUCUUGCCAUAGCUUGCCCCCCUGUGUGCUUUAGUUCUUCUUGUAUACUCCAGAGGAGUACUGAUCACUAGAUUCUUCCCCCCCCCCCCCCCCCCAGCCAGUCCAUCCCUAACCUAUAGUCCUGACAUUGUUUCAUUCUGUCUUGACUCCAGUCUGCUUAUUAAAGUAUCUUUCUGUCACUUAGGUUUGGCUAGAUGGUGGGGUUUUUGGUUGCCAAUAUCUCACAAUAAAGUUUCCGCUUCUGGGAUGAUGAUCUGUGAGAAAUUCAGUUUCUGGUUUCUUUUUAAAAUGAGGAUAGGCUGUGUGGUAUUUUGUUUGUUUUUACCAAUAUACUGACUUAUACCAGUAUACACCCUAGUGCGGUUGUAAUUACACAAAGGUGACACGCAGCUUAUUUCCCAUGCGAGAAUAACUUUGUACAUAGGGCAGUUGUACUGCUUUAGCUUUAUCAGUAUAGAUUAAAAACAAACUAGCAAACUUUUAUUAAAUUCCAUACUCCUUG